AUGGCCUCGGCCGCGGUGGAGAGCUUCGUGAGCAAGCAGCUGGACCUGCUGGAGCUCGAGAGGGACGCGGAGGUCGAGGAGCGCAGGUCCUGGCAGGAGAGCGUGUCUCUGAAGGAGCUGCAGAGCCGUGGUGUUUGUCUGCUGAGGCUGCAGGUGACCAGCCAGCGGACUGGGCUCUAUGGACGACUGCUGGCCACCUUCGAGCCCAGGAAGUGCGGACCUGAGGCGGUGCUGCCCAGCCACAGCUUCACUUCCGGAGACAUAGUGGGGCUGUACGAGGCGGCUAAUGAGGGCAGUCAGCUGGCCACGGGGAUCCUGACCCGGGUCACUCAGAAGUCAGUCAUCGUGGCCUUUGAUGAGACCCAUGAUUUCCAGUUGAACUUGGACCGAGAGAAUUCCUACAGGCUCCUCAAACUGGCUAAUGAUGUCACUUACAAGCGGCUGAAAAGGGCCCUGCUUGCCCUGAAGAAGCACCACUCGGGGCCCGCGUCCUCCCUUAUUGAGGUCCUCUUCGGUGGAUCAGCUCCUAGUCCAGCUGGAGACACACAUGCGCUCAGCUUCUACAACCCCUCUCUGGACGCCUCCCAGAAGGAAGCUGUGUCCUUCGCGCUGGCCCAGAAGGAGCUGGCCAUCAUCCAUGGGCCUCCUGGCACCGGCAAGACCACCACGGUGGUGGAGAUCAUCCUGCAGGCCGUGAAGCAGGGCUCCAAGGUGCUGUGCUGCGCCCCCUCCAACGUGGCCGUGGACAACCUCGUGGAGCGCCUGGCCCGCUGCGAGCAGAGGGUCCUGCGCCUGGGACACCCGGCCCGCCUCCUGGACUCCAUUCAGCAUCACUCCCUGGACGCGGUCCUGGCGCGGAGCGACGGCGCCCAGAUCGUCGCCGACAUCAGGAAGGACAUGGACCAGGUCUUGAUGAAAACCAAGAAGGCCCAGGACAGGAGGGAGAGGGGUCAUCUGCAGACCGAGAUCAGGCAGCUGCGGAAGGAGCUGAAGGAGAGGGAGGAGGCGGCCAUGCUGCAGAGCCUCGCUUCCGCCCACGUGGUCCUGGCCACCAACACUGGUGCUUCUCCCGACGGGCCUUUGAAGUUGCUGCCCGAGGGCCACUUUGACGUGGUGGUCAUCGACGAGUGCGCCCAGGCCAUGGAGGCGAGCUGCUGGAUUCCUCUGCUGAAGGCCCGGAAGUGCAUCCUGGCGGGGGACCACAAACAGCUGCCCCCCACUGUGGUCUCGCACAAGGCUGCACUGGCGGGGCUGUCCCUCAGCCUGAUGGAGCGCCUGGCGGGGUUCUGUGCGGAGCAGGUGCGGAUGCUGACCGUGCAGUACCGCAUGCACCAGGCCAUCGCGCGCUGGGCCUCCGAGGCCCUGUACCACGGGCAGCUGGUGGCACACCCCUCGGUGGCUGAGCACCUCCUGAGGGACCUCCCGGGAGUGACCAGCACGGAGGAGACCGCCCUGCCCCUGCUGCUCAUUGAUACCGCCGGCUGCGGGCUGUGUGAGCUGGAGGGGGACGAGGAGCACUCGAGAGGAAACCCAGGUGAGGUCCGCCUUGUCAGUCUGCAUGUCCAAGCUCUGGUGGACGCCGGCGUCCCAGCCCGUGACAUCGCUGUCAUCACGCCGUACAACCUUCAGGUGGACCUGCUCCGGCAGAGCCUGGCCUCCAGGUACCCCGAGCUGGAAGUGAGGUCAGUGGAUGGCUUCCAGGGCCGGGAGAAGGAGGCCGUGGUCCUGUCCUUCGUGAGAUCCAACAGGAAAGGCGAGGUGGGCUUUCUGGCCGAGGACCGGCGCAUUAACGUGGCCGUGACCCGGGCACGCCGCCAUGUGGCCAUCGUCUGUGAUUCCCGCACGGUCACUAACCACACCUUCCUGAAGGCCUUGGUGGCCUACUUCACGGAACACGGCCAGGUGCGCACGGCCUUCGAGUACCUGGACGACAUCGUGCCCGACAACUACUCCCACCAGAGCAGCCUGGCGGGCACCAAGGCCCGGGGCGCUGUCCCCGCCACCAAGAGGCCUGAGGGUGGCGGGCAGCAGGUGGGAGACCGGCCCAGAGCCUCCAGACCGGAGCGCAGGAAGCCAGACGCUAAGACUUCAGAUCCAGCAGCUGUUUGCCAGCCUAGUGUGAACGGGGCUGGACCCGAGGCAGUGGACGCAGGGGACCGUGCAGACCACCUCAGGGCAGUGAUCAUGGCCUUUGUGGCCAGUGAGGAGACACGGCUGGAGUUUCCUGCCUCCUUGAACGCCCACGACAGGAUGCGGGUCCAUCAGAUCGCAGAGGAGCUGGGGCUGCGGCAUUGCAGCGCGGGGGAGGGCAAGGCCCGGCGGGUGACCGUCAGCAGGGGUGCGGACCCAGCCCUGCGGCGCAGUGACCCGACGGCCCAGUGUCCGCCCAGUCCAGGCCAGGCCGAGUGUCCCCCGAGCCUCGAUAAGGCUGAGUGUCCCCAAAGCCCCAAUCAGGCUGAGUGUCCCCCGAGCCUGGACCUGAAGGGGCUGCACCUGGAACGGCUGCAGAGGGCGGGGGGCCGGCAGGAGCAGCUGGCCAAGAAGGGGUCGUCGGGCUCCAGGACACAGAAGCCGGCGGAGAAACGCAAGAAGAAGAAGGAAGUGGCCGGGCUCACCUUGCCCACAGAUGACGACUUUGACGCUCUGCUCUCUGCGGCCGUGAAGGCCGACAGUACCUGUGCCUUCAUCAAGUGCAAAGCCAGUGUGGUGACCUUGGGCCAGCUCUGCCUGCACUGUGGCCGCCGCUACUGCCUCGGCCACCACCUGCCUGAGGUGCAUGGCUGUGGGGAGCGGGCGCGCGUUCACGCACGGCAGAGGAUCAGCCGGGAGGGGGUGCUGCACCCCGGCAGCGGGACCAAGGAGAGGGCCCUGGACCCCGCCAGGAGAGCCCAGCUGCAGAGGCGACUGGACACGAAGCUGGAUGUCCUGACCAACCAGAGGAAGAGGAAAGACAAGGACAAGUGA